AUGUCCGGGAUCGGAUGGGAUGCGGGAUGUGCGUUGGAGAAGCUGCAAUUAGCGUGGCAGGGUGGUACGAUGCAUACACCAACAAAUACUGCGCAGUUCUGCUCAGAAGCAAAAACAUUUUCCGCAGAACUAGCACGUGCAGCGCCGCCGAGCGGCCAAAGUGAGGCCAUAUUUGCAUGGCUCGCUGCCGCCGUGGACCGCUGGAUAGCAUACGAUUCGGCAUACAGCAAGGAUGCACCGCCGUUUGAACUGGAGCGCCGGAAGCUCGCUGCGCAGGAGAUGUGCAGCAUUCUCGAGAUUGCGCGCAACUGUGCAUGCAAACCCGACGCGGCACGCUCGAUCCUGGCAUCGUGGGACACGAUCCAUGCGCUGCUUGGCUAUGCUUUAGUGUUCCAGCACAUGUCUGACCCCUUACUUAUACCGGUCAUCCGCGUACUAGCACAGUUUUUGGCGAACGCCGCGACGAGCGACGAAGCACUUCGGGAGCAUGUAUGGCGCACGCAUAUCGUGCCUUGCAAAGCAGGCUCAAAUGGCGAUGCGAUUGCGCGGCUGCUUACAAGCACAGAUAUCCACACUAUGCUUGCUAUACAAGUCCUGAUUUUGAACACACUCUCGUCCAAUCCCGCAUUCUCCGAAAAUCUUGUGCAAACGGAGCAAGGACGAAAAAUUAUCGAGUUGCUUCUCCAGCUGUACGAAGCGACAUUGCUGGACGAUGCGCUAUAUGAAGAGUCGCUAGGUGCACAAGGAAAGUGUCUUGCGGAAUCUUUGGACGUAACGUGUGCAAUCGUGCAGCGCUUCCUCGAGAGGGGAAACGUCGGUUCACUUCUCGCGGCGCUUGCACCGCAGGAAACUAUGGAGCCGAAUGUGAGCCCAAGUCAGAUUACAUUGUUGCAUGUGAUGCGCGAGUGUUUCCAGGACCAACUCGGUGUUAUCCAGCGAGAUAAAGUGUCACAGGCUGCUAUGACGGAAGCUACUGUACCGCUUUAUCUCCAUGUAGCGCAAUAUGGAAUCAAAAUCAUGACACAGCAUGUCGAGUCCAAGGUCGACGAUUUUCGCGGCUUGGUUCGAGCUCACAUGGCGCUUCUUGCGGUGUUGCAACUGUUGAACACUGCUGCAAUGUGCGGACAGGAAGACGUGGGAAAGGUGGGGACCUCGGCGCUGCUCGCACAGUUGCGCUGUGCAGAAAGUGGCGUCGUCACGACCAGUCUUGCACUGCUCUGCGCCGCAAAUCAAUUUUUCCCUGCACAGUCGCCAUUGAAGAAGCAGGACGCGCAAGUACCGCUCCCGCCAGGGCAUGUCUUUGCGGGGGCGGGCUAUGCUGACGUACACGACGAUCGCCCAGCACUGCAUUCGCUGAAACGGAGCAUCCUGCAGCUCAUCGCCACGCUCGCAUUCCAUCCGCCGGGUAUGCAGGUGCUGGAUGAGGUAAAGCUGGUUCAAGAUACUGUGCGCGAGCAAGGCGGACUGCUCGAUGUGCUUAAUCUGACAGUGCUCGACGAGAACAAUCCGUAUAUCCGGGAGCACGCCGUGUUUGCACUGCGUAACUUGCUCGCGAAUAACCAAGCGUCCCAGGCGCAGAUUACUGCACUGCGGCCAGCACAGGAAUAA